AUGGUAAUCUACGUUGUAGAGCUUAUGACGCAUUUGCUUACAAAGUUGUUAUUAUGUACCUUAAUCGGAUUUUGCUUCACGUUUCGCAAGCAAGGUGUGGCAGUGAAGGGGCGGCUCAUGUGUGGAGGAACGCCACUAAGGAACGCCAAAGUGGAAAUCUACGAUUUGGAUAGAAAUCCUGGCGACCCUGAUGAUUUGUUGGAUGAGAACUUCAGCGACAAGGAUGGAAGAUUCGCGUUAACUGGAACGACUCGCGAAUUGACGAGCAUUGAGCCGGUGCUCUACAUUUAUCACGACUGCGAAGACGGGAUAAGACCAUGCCAAAAACGAAUUACGAUAGAAGUGCCAAAGCGAUUCAUUCACAGUGGUACUCCAUCUCAAUGGAUGGAUGUUGGAACGAUGGAACUCUCUAUGACCUAUCCAAAUCAAGAUCAAGUGCCAAAGCGAUUCAUUCACAGUGGUACUCCAUCUCAAUGGAUGGAUGUUGGAACGAUGGAACUCUCUAUGACCUAUCCAAAUCAAGAUCGUAGUUGUAAGAAUUGA